GGCUCCUGGAGUGACAAGUCAACACAUGGCCGACACUAUAUAAGCGGAGCAGGCCUCCAGAGGCUGCAACUCUGCUUUUUCUUCAUCAUCACAACUCUGAGAGGGAAUACUAUCCACCAUGAACAAACUGUUGCUUGUCAGUGUGCUGCUUGCACUCCUUGCCAUUAGUGUUGAAAGCUUCCGUAUGCCAAGGCAGGCCAAGGAUGAGGAGCAGGGCACCCUGACCAUGAUCAGCAACACAAUCAAGUCGUACUACAACAACAUGGUCAACAUGGCCUCUGAUUGCCUGGAGAGCCUCAAGGCCCUGCAGCUGAAGGAGAAAGUCAACAACCUUUACACAGAAACGACCACAAUUUUGAGCACCUACAAUGGAAUCGUGCAAGACCAGCUCUAUCACUUCUUUUACUCCCAAGAUGCAUAAACCCUCACCUGCCACUGACGGACUUGCAACAGUGAACGCACCGCAGCUAGACAAAAGAAGCAAGAAAAACAUCAUCUUACAUCUCUUGUCAUCUUACGCCUCCUAGUGGCCACACCACAAACCUCAACAAGUAUUUCUCAUGCCUUAUAAUAUUAAAAGUAUUUAUACAAAAAAAA